AUGGACAAUGGCAUCGUUCGAAUAACGUUCCUGCGACCAGCCGGUGACGUUACUGAGAUUCAGUACAAUGGAGUUGAGAAUGUGCUUGAAACCCAUAAUGGAGAAUGUAACAGAGCGUACUGGGAUGUUGUUUGGAAUAGGCCAGGGGAGCAUAUUCGACUUGACAGAUUGAGAGGGACCAAGUUUAGUAUCGUAGGGAAGGACAAAAACCAGAUAGAAAUUUCCUUCUCCAGAAAAUGGCACCACUCCGCCUGGAACUCCACAGUUCCCUUAAACGUCGACAAAAGGUACAUCCUCCGUCGUGGCAGUGCCGGAUUUUACACCUAUACCAUACUAGAAAGACCGGAAGGAUGGCCGGAUUUCGAAAUGGACCAAGUCAGGAUAGUUCUGAAGCCUGACAGUGAGAUGUUUCAUUUCAUGGCGAUAUCGGAUAAGAUUCAGCGGGUUAUGCCCACAGCAGAAGAUCGCAAGCUUGGCAGGCAGUUGGCGUACUCUGAAGCGGUUCUCCUUACACAUCCCGGCAACCCAGCACUCAAAGGAGAGGUUGAUGAUAAGUACGAAUACUCGAUCGAGAAUAGAGACGACAAGGUCCAUGGCUGGAUGUCAAAGAAGCUGGGAGUUGGAAUAUGGGUGAUUAGCCCAAGUGAUGAAUAUGUUGCUGGAGGGCCUCUGAAGCAGGACCUCACUUCUCACGUUGGUCCAAUUCUACUCUCUAUGUUCACUAGCACUCACUAUACCGGAAAGGAUUUGAACACCCGGUAUCGAGAUGGGAAGCCUUGGAGGAAGGUUUACGGUCCUGUGUUUGUCUAUCUCAACUCUGUUUCAGGGCGACCUAGAAGAAGUUACAGAAAGCUCUGGCGGGACGCCAAAUCUCAUAUGAAGAAAGAAGUCAGAAAAUGGCCGUAUGGCUUUCUGCAAUCGGAGCACUUCCCUUGUGCAGAUCAAAGGGGAAGUGUUGCAGGUCAAUUGCUAGUCGGCGACAAGUAUGUCAACCAGACGUUGAUGACAGCCAACAAUGCUUAUGUGGGGCUAGCAGCACCAGGAAAAGCCGGAUCCUGGCAGACUGACGCCAAGGGCUACCAAUUCUGGACUCGAGCAAACGAAGAAGGUUAUUUCCUGAUAAAAAAUGUUAGGCCAGGAAACUAUAACCUAUAUGCCUUUGUUCCUGGCAUCAUCGGUGAUUACAAGUUUGAAGCUAAUAUCACCAUCAAACCAGGAUCGGAGACCGACUUGGGUGCAAUUGUGUACCACCCACCAAGAAAUGGUCCUACCCUUUGGGAAAUCGGGGUUCCUGACAGAACAGCUUCCGAAUUCUUCAUCCCAGAUCCUAAACCCUUCCUCACCAACAAGUUGUAUACACAUAUACUGUCAGACAAGUUCAGACAAUAUGGAUUGUGGGAUAGGUACACAGAACUGUACCCACACCAUGAUCUGGUUUACAGAAUCGGCAAUAGCAAAUGCCAUCAGGAUUGGUUCUUCGCUCACGUUCCGAGGAAAACUGGGAACAAGACAUAUACAGCGGCAACCUGGCAGAUCGUUUUCAAACUGAGGAAACCGAGCUUCGCUGGAAACUACACUUUGCAUCUGGCGCUUGCAUCUGCCCAUGCCUCUGAACUACAGGUUCGUUUCAACGAUAAGAGUGUGAAGAAGCCGCAUUUCUCAACUGGGUUGAUCGGGAAGGACAAUGCCGUUGCGAGACAUGGAAUUCACGGGCUGUACAGGCUGUACAGCAUUCCUGUACCGCGGCGGCUUCUGAGGAGAGGGAGCAAUAGGAUAUAUCUGACUCAGUCGCGAAGUAACGACGCUUUCAGGGGGAUCAUGUAUGAUUAUGUUCGUUUCGAAGGGCCUCGUGAAUUGCUAGUAGAUAGAGAGGGAUGA